AUGGCCGACUCUUUAGACCAUAAAAACACUUCUCGUCAAUCAUCUUCCACCCCAUGCGAUGCGGCGGCGGCACCAACAAGAGUGUCGUUGGGUUGGACAAUCAGCUAUAAUAAUCAAAUCGACCAUCCACGGCCAAUAUCAUCAUUAAAUGACUUGCCCAUUGAAGUCCUCAACUUGAUAGUAGCAUUCACCUACUCAAAUGACAUCUCUAUUUCAUUUUCUCAGCACUUGGAAUGGUUCGCCAAAGAAUUCAUGCUCGUGAACAAGACCUUCUACUUUUUAGCCUUGAAAUACCUUUGCAAUUAUUGUCGUUUUAGUUGCCCUCAAACAUUUCAUCUAUUCAACUCCCGUUUCGGACAUCACAAAUCAAUCCCCCAUUCGUUGGACGCCAUUGGCAUUCCUCUAAGUGACUCGUGUGCCAAUUUGGUCAAAAUCCAAGAUGAAUUCAAACAACCUGAGGACCAAUCAGUAUAUAGCUACGUGAAAGUCCUUGAUCUCCAGGAAUUCACUAGCGUUGGUUUGGGUAGAACCAAUCGAAUGAAUAAUGAAAUCGAUUUUGUCACCCACAAGACUAUUUUGGGCUUUCUUGAAAAAGCAACUAACCUUAGAGAAUUCUUGAGUAGUGAGAAUAUUCAAAAUGACAUCUCCCCCGAAAUUUUGAUCCAAGUUUUUUUCAACAUGCCUAGUCUUGAAUCAAUUGAUUUUUGUGGAUCUACCGGGACAAUUUUCUCCUUAUCAUUUUCUAAGCUUUUGGACCAACCUUCAUUAUUUUUCAUGCCGAUUGUCAAUCUUAAAAACUUGUCAUUCCAUGAUUGUGUCGAUGUCCCAUCAGAAUUUUUUGCAAAACUUUUCCCGCUUUUGACAUCUCUCGAAAAACUCGAUCUAUUUCAUACUCAAAUUACAGGAGAUGCCUUACUUGACCUCGAUGUCUCUAAUUUGACCCAUAUUUCCCUCGGCUGUUGCUAUAAACUUGAUAAGCGUUACAUUAUGGAGUUUUUUCGCAGCAACCACCAUGAACUAACCAAUUUGAAAUGGCUUAGUUUGGAAACUGACAACGUUAACGACAUGAAUGAACGUGAAAUGCUAUUGAUCCUCAAAUUCCUCGCCACUGCCGAUCCCCUAUCUUCAAAUACCGGGAACUUCACCCUUCAGUAUUUAAAUCUUAGCGGAAGACAAGUCAGCUAUUGUCCAACCUUACAAUUUAUUAAAAGUAAUUUUAUUAUCUUAAAAUCUUUACACAUCCAAAAUUCAAAAGUUACCAAGGAUGAAUUGGUUCAGUUUUUAUCGCCACCAUCAGAACCUGCAAUAGAUCCUCAAGAUACUAUAAAUUCGCGUGUUUCCACAAUGCUGCAUCUUUCUGAUUACUUUAACUCUCAGUCGUUCGCCAACCCAUCCAGUAGCGGUAACCUGUCACAGUAUCCUCAAUUGAACCCGUCACAGUACCAUGAUUUAUUGCAAGAUACCCAAGUGUAUCAACAAUUGCGGUUCAUCAAUGUGAAAGCCAAUCAGGAAUUAAACCGCUUAGGGUCGCUUGAAAAUGCCAAUUUAAUCGAGUGCUGCCCGUCUUUACUAGCUUGGGAAUUCGACUCCAAGUUGCUUGAAAACGCUCCUAAUGACUCAUAUCACUAUCAAAAACAACGGCAACAAUUGCGCCACCAUAGCUAUGGUUCUUACCUUAAUUCUUUAAAUGGCCCAGAAGAAGAAUUUUUUUGGAAACUUUUUCCAACCACUGGUCGUCGAUCAUGGCUUUAUAAGCUAAGAUCUUAUAACUCCAAGAACUCAAAAUAUUUGAACUAUCAUUUCAAUUUUGACAGAGACUACCACCCUCAUCGUCAAUCUCUUUCUGCAUCGUCAGCAGUCAACAGGCCAAUCACCCAAUCCUUAAUUUCUGUUUCAUCAUAUAAGCUGAUUACUAGCGUUGCUUCCGACACUUUUUCGGUGGAUUUUGAUGAUGAACCGUCCUGUUUCUCCAAAAAUAAUGGGAAUGCUCAAAGUACGAAUAACGCUGAUGAGAUCAACUCUGAUGAUUUGGAUUUAGAUUAUGAAAUCCUUACCCAUGACCCAAAUUAUAUUCCCAACAUCACGCAAUACGAUAUUAAAACUGGUAAAAAAAUCCAGCCAAAAGUCAUUUUCUAUCCAUUCUUGAAGUACGCCAGUAAAAAAAUUGAUAUGUCAAAUGGGCCAUUUUACGAGGGUGAUAGUGAUUUUUACAAGAUUUGGCCUGUGAAAUUCAGUGAAAGAGGGAUUUAUAAGUACUAUGCAUUAAAUGUUUGA